AUGGAGCAGGAUUGGGUGGCGGCGAAAAGAGUAAUGAGAUACCUCAAAAAUACCAUCGGCUGUAGUCUACGAUUGGGCGGAGAAGAUCAGGCAAUGCUGGGCUUUUCGUAUGCCGAUUGGACUGGCGAUUUGGCAAGUCGCAGAUCAACAUCGGGUUUCGUUUUUCAGUUUCAGGGUGGAACCGUCUCGUGGGCAAGUCGAGGACAAACCAGUGUAACGCUUCCAUCUAUGGAGGCGGAAUAUGUUGCGCUCAGCGAGGCCAGUCAGGAAGCAGUCUGGUUAAGGCAACUGUUGUCGGACUUCGGAGAGCGUCAGGUAAUAGUAACAACCAUACGCGAAGACAACCAGAACGUGUCAACCGAAGAUCGAAACAUAUAG